AUGGAGGCUAAGGUCCGACACGAUGAUGGGAUGAUGGCGCGGGACGGGAGUGGAAAGAGAAUAGUUUGUCAAGAGAACGUGUUCAAGGUAGAUGUUGCAGUGUUAAAGAGUACUUCAACCAGAGCUAACGCUGCGGAUGUGGGGAUAGAGGGGGUUGCCGUUGAUGGUCCCGGGAAAUUUAUGUGGAAUGCUUUAAAGCAGGGAGGAAAUCGGUUGGGCCAGGGUGUGAGCGAGGGGGCUGAGAUCAAUGUUUACAUCGAACUGAUCUCGAAUCGAACGACUCUGAUUCUUGAUAAGCGCAAUCAAGGGGGGAAAUGGAAAAGAGACUUGGAGAGAAAGAAAUAA